GGGCCGUUCCCAGCCGCGCUGCCUCCCCCGUCCGUAGCCGCGCCGGGCGCGGGGCAUGGCCAGACUCACCGAGGGCGAGGCGAGGAGGCAGCCGCCGCCGCUCCCGCCAGCGCCGCAGCCGCCGCGCCGAGCCUCCCCCAUGAGCAGCAGCGGCGGCGCGGAGCCCCCCGCGCAGCCCGACAGCAUGAAGGACCUGGAUGCCAUCAAGCUCUUCGUGGGGCAGAUUCCGCGCAACCUGGAGGAAAAGGACCUCAAGCCGCUCUUCGAGCAGUUCGGCAAGAUCUACGAGCUCACCGUGCUUAAGGACCGCUACACCGGCAUGCACAAGGGUUGUGCGUUCCUCACGUACUGUGCCAGAGACUCUGCCAUCAAAGCCCAGACAGCACUGCAUGAACAGAAGACUUUGCCAGGGAUGGCGCGCCCGAUUCAAGUGAAACCUGCAGACAGCGAGAGCCGUGGAGGUAGGGACAGGAAGCUCUUUGUGGGCAUGUUAAAUAAGCAGCAGUCUGAGGAUGACGUGCUCCGGCUCUUUGAACCAUUUGGGGUCAUUGAUGAAUGUACGGUGCUCCGUGGACCUGAUGGUAACAGCAAAGGCUGUGCUUUUGUAAAGUUCUCAUCUCACACAGAGGCUCAGGCAGCAAUCCACGCACUCCAUGGCAGCCAGACAAUGCCCGGCGCCUCCUCCAGUCUAGUGGUGAAGUUUGCUGACACAGAUAAGGAGAGGACCCUCCGUCGUAUGCAGCAAAUGGUGGGGCAGCUGGGGAUAUUCACUCCAUCUCUCACCUUGCCGUUCAGCCCAUACAGCGCCUAUGCGCAGGCUCUGAUGCAGCAGCAGACGACGGUUCUCUCCACCUCCCAUGGCAGCUACCUGAGCCCCGGCGUCGCCUUCUCCCCUUGCCACAUCCAACAGAUUGGUGCCGUCAGUCUCAACGGGCUGCCAGCCGCUCCUAUCGCACCAACGUCAGGGCUACAUUCACCGCCUCUCCUGGGAACAGCAGCCAUGCCGGGACUGGUGACACCCAUUUCAAAUGGAUUCACUGGAGUGGUGCCAUUCCCAAAUGGGCAUCCAACCUUGGAAACAGUCUACACCAAUGGCCUUGUGCCAUACUCAGCCCAGAGCCCUUCAGUAGCAGAGACUUUGCACCCAGCCUUCACAGGAGUUCAGCAGUAUGCAGCUGUGUAUCCAACCACCACCAUCACCCCCAUUGCUCAGAGCAUCCCUCAGCCACCUCCCAUCCUGCAGCAGCAGCAACGAGAAGGUCCAGAAGGCUGCAAUCUCUUCAUCUACCAUCUCCCUCAGGAGUUUGGAGACAACGAGUUGAUGCAGAUGUUCCUGCCCUUUGGAAAUAUCAUUUCCUCCAAGGUGUUCAUGGAUCGUGCCACCAACCAGAGCAAGUGUUUUGGUUUUGUAAGCUUUGACAACCCAUCCAGUGCACAGACUGCUAUCCAGGCCAUGAAUGGCUUCCAGAUUGGCAUGAAACGUUUGAAGGUCCAGUUAAAACGACCCAAGGAUGCUAACCACCCCUACUGACAGCAGUGAGCAAGCAGGAGUCACUUCUGCAGCACAGGUGAAGGGAAAGUCCAGAGGAAGAAUUUCUGCUUCAGGUUGAUUUACAGAGAGGCCAGUAAAUUUAUCAACUCUUUUGACACCACCCCUUUCCUUCCUCUGCUCCCCACCUACCCACCCCAUCCUCCUUCUGCCCUCCUACCCAAAACAUGCAAUUAAAGAGAAGGCUCAGUAUCUGCCCAGCAGGAAGAUUCUUGCCACGAUGGACUCGCAUAUUUGCUGCUAAUGUGGUGCAUAGCAAAGGGACCAGAAAACCAGCAGCCCCUGGGGACCUGAAGCUCUUCCUCUUGGGGUAUGCCUGGAGUACAUGGACCAAGAAAACCCACUGGUGUGUCUCUAGGUUACUGCAGUGAUGUAUGGAAACUUAGCUUCGUCCUGUCUCUCCUGCCCCAUCUCCUGGCCCUUUCAUAGAUAAAUAUAAAUAUAAAUAUAUAUAUAUACAGUCUCUAUUUUUUUUUAAAGUGGCUCACAGGACCAAACUUUUCCAUUCAGAGACUGACUCCUUGCAAGAGGGAUUGGAAGUUAAGGGUUUACCUUUGCAACAGUGUCUUCUCAGCAAGCACUGCAGAUAGGCCUGAACAUUUUGUGAGGAUGACUGGAUGGACAGAGAGCAAGAGAGAGACGGCGCAUCUCUCUGCUCAACAUUAGCAAGGAGAAAGAGAACUACAUACCUCCAGGGUUAGGGCACAGCCAGCUGCUCAGCUCGAGUCACUCGUCCACCGACCUUAGCACCAGCCUGGUAAAGGAUCUCAAGAGCUCUCAGUCUUACCUUUCCAAGGGCUUCUGCAGACAAAGCUCCUGGAAUUUGGUGCCAAAGCCUAUCCUGAGCACUCCUCGAUUAGGCUGAAAGCACAGGAAACCAGUCCCUUUACCUACAGGAACUGUACUGCCUCCCCACACGUGGCACAGAUUCAUGUUUCAUAGCUCUCCAUGGUAAUGGAGCAUAUUCUUGAUCAAGGCAAGAGAAGAUGAGAGAGUGUGAGCAGAUGCAAUCUCCAAAACAAAGUGACGGAAGCCUCCCAGGGGCUACACACUGCCUCCCCGUGUCGGAAGUAACCUAACGCUGGUUAGCAGGCAGUUCCAAUUCCCAGAUGAAAUGGGACAUUUUCUUGAUCUGAAUUUAGCAAGAGGACUCACCUCUUACACCCUCUGCAAAGCUUUCCCAAGCAGACACAAGGAUAGUAUGAUGAAAGAGGGUUGCCAUUCUGUUGUUUUCCCCACCACCCCCUCCAGUGGACAGAUUAUACAUUAUGCAGCAUAUAUAGAUACUGCUAUAUACACAUAUACUUAAGCACAGAACAUAGUUCAGAACUUGAUUUAACAAAGAUCCCCUGGGGGGUGGAGGGGUGUCAUACUGACAAGGCAUAUCCCUUUAACAACUUGAAACUGUCUCCUUAACUUUCUACCAAAAUAAGGAAAGAAAAAUAAAACAAACCAACCAACCCCACAAACCUUCUGAAUGAUUAGUUUCAAUAUUCCAGAGUUUGAUAAGGUACCAAGAACCUGUGUGUGUGUCUGUCUGUCUGUCUCUGUGUUCAAACGUGAGCAGAGGGUUGGUGGAGAAAGGCUGAUGCAAUUGAUACUGAAGUGAGAUAUGGGGACUUAAGAGAACCUCAGCCAAUUCUCCUCCUCCAGUUUCCCUUUGUUCAGAUGUUUGUGGCACAGUUCAGCUUCACAUCUCCUCAACCACCCUUCUGUAUCUGAUGCUGAGAGUUUAUGAGAGAUGGAUGAAGCUGUGUGAGUCUGUGUGUUUCUAUAGUCCAUGUUUACUUAUUGUAAAUACCAUUUUUAUACUUAACAUCUAUUAUGUACGUGAUUUGUAUAAUGUACUUUAUUUCUGCUACAAGUAAUUUCAUGAAGUUUAAACUUAAUCUAAUUUUGAACAAAACAAACAAAAAAAGACCAACAAAUGCAAAAUGGGAAAAAAAAAGGACUUUGGAAAUUCUAGGUCAAGCUGGUUUAAAACAAGCAUUUACAGUUACUUCCAUCACAGUUACUGAUGUGACUGUACGAUGUUACAGGUGUGAUACAAGCUUCGUCAAUGUCAAAUUCCUCACUCUGGUCAAAAAAAAUCUUAAAUUUAUUUAAUAAAAGUUUUACUUGCUAAG